GCACAUUUACAACGACAUUAUGGGUUUCUAAUAACAGUGCUAUUGUUUUGUGUUUACGAUACUCAAGCGUUGUUUAUAGGAAACUGCCCUGUGGGCAACAUUAGCUUGUAGCACACGGUAUUACGAGCUACUGAGACGUUGGUGAUAGUUAGCAAACAUGUCCUUUGCACCUGACGUCCUUUGAUACCUUGCAUAUAUAUCCUGAAAUGUAUGUGUCUCUGUGUGUGUACGUCGGUUUUGUACACAUUACACAUGUAGGUUAGUCAUUACACAUGUGUAGGUGAUGGAGCAAGAUAGCACAAUAAACUGGUAAUUAUUCUGCUGAGAUUACAUCGAGUUCAGUGUGUUCAUAUGACACACAUCAGGUUUCUAGCUGCAGUUAUUGCCUCGUUACUCAUUACAUCGCCAUAUAACUCUAUUACCGAAUAUCUGAUGGAAGUCCUUGGAUAUUCGUUUGUACACAAAUCAUCAUUAAUCAGUCGUACAGGAAGUGAGUUCGCUUUUUACAUUUCCGUGACAGGACUGACAUGUUCAUGGUUUAAAAGGCAGAGUGCACUCAGGCGUACAAUUUACUAAUUCUUAGGCUCUAAUUUAAGUUGUACAAGUCGGUUCACAGAGCUUGAUGGUAAUAUUCUCCUGUGGCCUGAGAUUAUAAUACACCCUGUGCUCAGCUUCGCAGGACUACAGGUUAAGUAUGAACAUUAUUGUGUCAAAGUGUUUCAGAACAUACCGUGUUUACCUGUCUGAACAUACCUGUAGGACAUGCCAAGCUGUUAACGUGUGUGUGUCAGUGUACAUACAGGGAGAUGGUUGAAACUUGGGACUUUUGCAAUUGCACUGCGUGUGUAAAGCUUGAUCAGCCAACUGACCGCUGCAAUGUCCAGUGGAGAAGUCACCAUGGUGAUGAAGUCAGCAGUUGACGAUGAUGAUGCUGGCUGGGGGCUGGGCAUCCCAGAAAAGAUGAAAAACAAUGCCAACUGGGUUGAUGUUACACAUGAAUUUAAGGGUGCAUGCGAAGAGUUGAACCUUGGAGAGUUGCUUCAUGACAAACUGUUUGGCCUGUUUGAGGCCAUGUCCGCCAUCGAGAUGAUGGAUCCUAAGAUGGACGCAGGUAUGAUUGGAAACCAGGUCAACAGGAAAGUACUCAACUUUGAACAAGCUAUCAAGGAAGGUGCCAUUAAGGUGAAAGAUUUGAGUCUUCCUGAACUAAUUGGGAUCAUAGACACAAGUUUCUGCUGUUUGAUCACAUGGCUGGAGGGUCACUCGCUGGCGCAGACUGUGUUUACCUGUCUGUACGUCCAUAACCCCGACCUGAUUGAAGAGCCACCCCUCAAAGCCUUUGCCCUGGGCAUCCUGAAGGUGUGUGACAUUGCCCGAGAGAAAGUGAACAAAGCUGCCGUGUUUGAGGAGGAGGAUUUCCAGGCCAUGACCUAUGGCUUCAAGAUGGCCAAUAACGUCACAGACCUGCGGGUGACAGGAAUGCUGAAAGACGUGGAGGAUGAGUUACAGCGGAAAGUUAAGAACACACGCUGUCGACAGGGGGAGCAGCGAGACUCGGAGGUUGAGCUGGAGCAUCAGCAGUUUUUGGCACUUUUCAAUAGAAUCAAGUUCACGCGCCUUCUACUGACUGCACUGAUCACCUUUACCAAGAGAGAGACCAGCUCGGUUGGCGAGGCCCAGAAGCUUGUUUCUCAAGCUGCUGACCUCUUGUCAGCCAUUCAUUCCAGUAUUCAGCAUGGCAUCCAGUCCCAGAAUGACACCACUAAAGGAGACCAGCCCAUCAUGAUGGGCUUCGAGCCGCUGGUGAACCAGAGGCUGUUGCCACCGACCUUUCCUCGCUACGCCAAGAUCAUCAAGCGGGAGGACAUGGUGGCUUACAUCAGCAAACUUAUAGAGCGCAUCAAGACCGUCUGUGAUGUGAUCAACACCACCAACCUGCAUGGCAUACUGGACUUCUUCUGUGAGUUCAGUGAACAGUCUCCCUGUGUGCUCUCCAGAUCUCUGCUCCAGACGACGUUCCUGAUCGAUAACAAGAAAGUGUUUGGGACCCACCUGAUGCAGGACAUGAUUAAGGAUGCGCUGAGAUACUUAGUCAGCCCACCGGUCCUCUCCUACAAGUGUUGUCUGUUCAACAACCACCAGGCAAAGGAUUACAUUGACUCCUUUGUCACGCACUGCUCCAGGCCGUUCUGCAGUCUGAUCCAGAUCCAUGGACACAACCGAGCUCGACAGAGAGACAAGCUGGGUCACAUUCUUGAAGAGUUUGCCACACUGCAGGACGAGGCAGAGAAGGUGGAUGCAGCCCUGCACGGCUUGCUGAUGAAGCUCGAGCCUCAGCGACAGCAUCUGGCCUGUCUUGGCACAUGGAUCCUCUACCAUAACCUGAGGAUCAUGGUCCAAUACCUGCUGAGCGGCUUUGAACUAGAGCUGUACAGCAUGCACGAGUACUACUACGUCUACUGGUACCUGUCCGAGUUCCUUUACGCGUGGCUGAUGUCCACCCUGAGCAGAGCCGACUCCUCUCAGAUGGCAGAGGAGCGGAUAAUGGAGGAGCAGGUGAAAGGGCGCAGCAGCAAAAAGAUCAAGAAGAAGAAAAAAGUCCGCCCGCUCAGCAAGGAGAUCACCAUGAGCCAGGCGUACCAGAACAUGUGUGCCGGGAUGUACAAGACGAUGGUGGCUUUGGAUAUGGACGGGAAGGUGCAAAAGCCUCAGUUUGAGCUGGACAGCGAGCAGGUUCGCUACGAGCAUCGCUUCGCUCCCUUCAACAGCGUGGUCACGCCCCCACCUGUGCACUAUAUCCAGUUCAAGGAGAUGUCCGAUCUAAAGAAGUACAAUCCUCCGCCAGGCUCCGCUGACCUGUACAUGGCCGCCAGCAAACACUUCCAGCAGGCCAAGCUCAUCUUGGAGAAUGUGCCGUGUCCAGACCCUGAGGUGAACCGGAUACUGAAGGUGGCCAAACCCAACAUCGUCGUUACGAAUCUCCUGGCUGGAGGCCACAAGAAGGAGACCAAGGUGCUCCCAGAAUUUGACUUCUCGGCUCACAAGUACUUUCCUGUGGUCAAGAUUAUCUGAUCCUGCUUCGCGGGUGGAUUGUUAUGUCAUGAAGACAAUCAGCCGCAAAGACCAUACCUGAACACGUGUGUGUGUGUGCGAGGCGAGCGAGUGCGUGUGCGUGUGUACAGCUAACUGUUAAAGUUGUGUAAAGUACUAUUUGAUACACCUGAUUCUUUUUUUUCACCUGAACAAGAGAUGAAACCAGACCAGAGAACUCACACCUGGACCUAAAUCACUACAUCCACAUCUGUGAAAAUCUGUGCGUUUGUGCAUCCGUGUGUGUGUACGCGAGUCUCUCUCUCGCGUACACACACACACAGUCGAGGUGCUUUUGCGCAAGUAACUGGCCGAUGGAAAGUUUUUCUACGCUGCCCCCAGAACUGUUUGGUGAAGGCUUUAAAAGAAGAGCUGUACUGAUAAUAACGAGUGCAUAUCAUUCAAUCAUUUGAAACCUUUCUAUGUAUUUAUGUUCUCAUUGGAAUGAAAAUGUUGAGCGUGGGAGGACGACGGUAUCGUGUUUACUUUCAUCUGCCUCCGUCCAUUGUGAAACCUCGACAGGGCAAUCUGCAGAGAAGAAGCUCUCACAAUGUGAACGACGUCACGUUGCAACACACGGACACACAACCCACCGCAGAGAGGCUUUGAAGGCCGACGAGCCGUCUGCACUGCUUCCUCAAACCAGUGGACCAGCGACUGUCACACAUAUCUUAAUAAAACAUUACUCUUUU